CAAAAGUAUCUGCAAAUGUUACGAAUAUGAGUAGAAGCGAACUUAGUGUAUCAAGAUGGCUAGAAGCUCAUACAGAUCGCGGAGCAGGACUAACAACGUUGCCACGUAAUGCCAUUUUGACCGACAUCGUGGGAAAUGGAGACUACCACUUGGUUAUUACAGAUCUGAAACUUGAUAAUGAUACCAAAUCCAGAUUGAAAGUGUACAAGGGCACACUGAUGACACACGAUCAGGCAUUAUCAAACACACCUAACUCAGUGAUAAGCUUUUAUGCUGACUUGAAUGAACCAAGAAUACCAGUUGUUGGUGUGGCAUGUGGAUCAGAGCUUUUUCUCUAUAAGAACCUAAAACCCUUUUAUAAAUGUAAAGUACCAUCUUGUCCUUUAUCAGAACAAGAAUCGGAACUAUGGAAGACUUUAAUGGAAAAACAAGAUUUUAAUAGUGAAGAUAUUAUUAAGGAACUUAAAAAAAUUCCUUUUUCUUUACUUAGCUCCAGGUCACAGCACAUACUAAACCUAGAAUCUCCACUUAAAAUAGAGGAGUAUAUCAGGAAGUAUAUAAAUAGUAUGCCUACAAAAGAGAAUGUUAUAACCUGCAUGAGUACUAUAGAAAAAACAACUCACGACAAAUACUCUGUGAAUUGUCCAAUCAUCGGGACAGAGUUUGGAAAUAUUUAUAUAUUAGAUCCUCAAAAUUUCAGCAUAUUGCAUCAGGCAAACACUUGUAAUGUUAAAGCAACCCCGUUUAUUAUAGAAUGCUCUGGAUUGUAUGAUAUAGAGUUCAGAAUAAUUGUGGCUUGUAGAGAGGGCUACAUAUGCAUUUUAAGAAAAGGUUGGCUUGAGGGGAAAUCUUUGAUCCAAAUCACUAAUGACAUUGUUGACAUGGUUUUAAUACCGGGAGAUAAUUUUAUAACAGUUGCUACAGCGGAUAAGGGUUUGCAUUGUUAUACAAAAAGGGGCCAAAAAUUGUGGUCCGCGACAACUACAAAUUCCAUAACAUGUCUGUGCUUAGUGCCUCUGGAUCAUAUCAACAUGUACAUGGUAGCUGUGGGUAUGAAGAAUGGACUAAUCCAUUUAUACCAUGGAAGACAUUUGACUGAUUUCACUGUUGCUCCUGACACACCAUCGGUCAUAGUUUUUGGACCAGUGGGACAGGAAGAAAAUGUCAUGGUUAUUGUAACUAUGGGUGGGACAAUAAGUUUCAAAAUACUGAAACGGACAGCUGAUUUUUCUAAUAGAAAUCACGAAAGCGUGCCUGUAUUGCAAGGAAAGCCAUUACCUUUGCCCAAAAGGAGUAAACUAUUUCUGGAACAGAGUCUGCGCGAAAGACAGAGCGCUGUAGAAAUACAUCAAACUUUUCAGCAAGAUCUUCUGAGGCUUCGAUUGACCACGGCACGAGCUUUGGUUCAGAAUCUGAGUGACCAGUCUGGGGUUGGAAAUGAAAAAGAAAAUAUAAAGUUAUCGGCACAGGUUUUGGGUUUGGGACCAAAAUUUACCGUCAUCUUAACCUUAGAGAACAUAAAUCCUAACAAGGUUUUGACAGGAUUGUCUGUGACAUUCCAUUCGAAUCCAAUUUUUUACACCUUGACAACAUAUAUCAUUACAGUCCCUUUAAUACCGCCAAGUUUAUCAUACAAAAUGGAAACUCGCGUACAGGAAACUAUGAGUGAAACUUCUUCGGAAACAAGUGUAGCGGAACUUGAACCUGCAGGUGUCAAAGUUAUUAGGGUUUUUGUAACAAGGUACGACCAUCCUAGACCCAUUUUGGCAGCUACAAUCAACAUGCCACCCACAGAAUUUAUGGUCUAA